AUGAGUCACCUCCUCUGGACAAGUUACUGGCAAAGCAAUGUCGAACAGUUUCGACGUCUAUUGGCCCCGGCCAGCACCAGCAAUACCGGUGCCAGGAGUCCGGCCGUAGGACACGGUGGGAGUCACUUCAGUGCCAGUCCGGGCGGGUUUGGAACGCCACCUCGUGGAGCCAAGGCUCGGAGGUCGACGGCUUCUACACCUGCGCAUGGCAGGCCCAAGGAUGGCGGCGUCGCUUUAGGCCGGAACGAAGUGAACAGCCGCGACCACGCCGGUCUGACCUUGUUGCUGCGCGCGGCCUCGUCAACCGACCCGAACGCCUACGAGUUCGUCGAGUCACUUCUGGAGCACCCCGCCAUCGAUAUAUAUGUGCAAGACCCCGAAAGCGGCUGGAACGCUCUUCACAGAUCACUGUAUGCGGGAAAUGUGUCCAUCGCACGCGCUCUAUUGGCGAAGGAGCGUGGUGACCUGACAAACCAUGCGCUCUCCGUGGGCAAAGUCGGCCAUCUCAUCAAGACCAAAGACAACGAAGGGCUUAGCCCAUUCGACCUCUACAACUCCACCAUCGCCACCAGGUCGCUCAAGGUUGGCAAAGAACUGCAUGGAUCAGACGAUGGGACCGCUAGCUUAGACAGCGAUGAGGAUGGCUUCCAAAGUAAUGACGGUGAUCCUCACGGAGCCGCGGCCCCUACCGAGGGUGGCGAGUUUUUUGUGUUUGGAAGCAACAAGAACCUUUCGCUCGGCGUCGGGGACGGAGACGAUCGGCAGUUCCCAGAGCGAAUUCUACUCCAUCGACCCGACCAGCUCCUACACCGCUUCCACCAAGCAUAUCUUGAAGAACACGAUUUGGACUCUUCUCAGUCUCUGCCAGAAUUGGAAGGUAUUCCAACUCUUAUACGCAAUAGGCCGCUCAUCAUCCAAGAUGUCGCCAUGUCCAAGCUGCAUACCGCAGUUGUAACGACGGACCCCGUAUCAAACCUGUACGUCUGCGGAGUUGGGAGAUCAGGCAGACUGGGUCUCGGCGACGAAAACACGCAGUUCAAAUUUGUGCCCGUACAAGGCCCAUUUUCUGAUCGAAAAGUACGACACGUCGCCCUUGGUCAAAACCACUCCAUGGCUGUUGCGGGGAAUGGUGAGCUGUGGACGUGGGGAUCGAACGCCGACUCGCAGCUCGGUUAUUCGUUGCCCGCUCCGGCCCGGUCCGACGAGGAGCCCGUGAGCCUCACGCCACGCCAAGUCUUUGGGCCAUUGAAGAAAGAAAUCAUAUUGGGCGUUGCUGCAUCGGCAGUCCACUCAGUGGCCUUCACGAACUCGGCCCUUUACUGCUGGGGGCGUAACCUGGGUCAACUAGCCCUCAUGGAUGCCGACUCACGAACACUCGAAGUUCAACCAAUUCCAAGAAAGGUAGGAGCGUCAUUGCUCUCAGCACCCAUCGAGAUGGUGUCUGCUAUCGACAAGGCCACCACGUGUCUCCUGUCAAACCAUACGGUCUGGGUAUUCACCAAUUACGGUUACAAUCUUGUCAAGUUUCCCGCGCUCGACGUCCUUACCAACCACAGCUUGACGUUGUCGUCUUUCUCCAACAGAUAUGACUCUGGCCGAAAAGACAUCCGUCUCAUUGCCUCCGGCUGUGAAACCAUUGCGGCGGUUACGGCUCGAGGCGAUUUAUACACCAUGCAACUCAACCACAAGGUGGACGCGAACCCGCCAGCGGGCUCCACAACCAAUCCAGUCAAGAUCAGAGGAGCUGUGACGCAGCCACAAUGCAUAUGGGAUUCGAGGAAGGAUGGCGUUGCCUCUGUCAGCGUCGGCGAACACGACUCCGUCAUCAUCAGCACACAAUCUGGUGCCGUCUGGAAAAGAGUCAAGCGGAUCAAAGGGAAGACCGCCGCCUUCUCGAGGUCAGAUGCGAAGAAGAAAGACUUCAAGUUUGAGCGCGUCCCAUACAUUACUGGCUGCGUCAAGGUGCGAAGCUCUACCUUUGGAGCCUUUGCUGCCGUCAGGAAGGACAUCAAUGUUAUGUCUCAAGAGAUUCGCGUCGACGAACAAGAUCUGUGGAGGGACGUGGCUUCUCUCUUAAGCCUACGAGACUUUUCCGCAACCGAGACCGGAAUGGGGACCUCAGGUCAUCGCAAGGCGUGGCAAGCGGCUAUUGCGAGGGAGAAGCCAGGAUCAGUGUCUCACGAGAUUCUUCGAAGCCAAAACCUCGAAAAAGAUCUUGGCCAGUGGCUACAUGCUAGCCAAUUCCGAUACGGCAGCUUCGAUACCGAGAUACGAACAACUGCAUGCCCGGAUAUAAGAAUCCCAAUUCACGGCUGGAUUAUGGCGGGGCGCAGCCCUGUCCUCCGUGAGUCGCUGUCUCAGCAGCGUCGCAAUGGCACCACUGGUCACUCCGACGCCUUCGUCAUUGAGAGGCUUGACGGGAAACAAGUCCUCACACUGCCAGGCGUCGACAUUUUCACUAUAUUGAACAUAGCGGUGUUCGCAUACGAGGACAGCAUCGUUCCUGUAUGGAAGUAUACCCGAGAAUCACCGUCAGAGGCGUACAGAUUCCGACAAGUCCGCACGGAGCUGAUGAAGGUGGCAACAAGCCUGCGCAUGCCUAGACUUGAGACAGCUGCCCGGUUGCAAGCCGCUAUAGAGCCGUCGCUGGAUGCCGACAUGAAAGCAGCCGUUGCCGAUCCUGACUUUUUUGACGACGGCGACAUCAUAGUACAACUCGAUGGUGCCGAUGUUGUUGCCCACGGCCAACUACUGUGCCAGAGAUGUCCCUUUUUCGAAGGCAUGUUCAAUGGACGCUCCCAAGGGCAGUGGCUUGCAGAUCGUCGCAAUGGUUCGGCGGUCGUGGACAAGCUUCAAAUCGACUUGAAGCAUAUCCGCCCGGAGACCUUCGAAUAUGUUAUGGAGUACCUUUACGCGGAUGUUGGCGAGGAGAUGUUUGACAACGUCGCAGUUCCUAGCAUCGACGACUUUUCAGAGCUUGUCCUAGAUGUCAUGGGCGUUGCCAACGAGCUCAUGCUGGAUCGACUCUCUCAAAUUUGCCAGUCGUUGAUCGGGAAAUUCGUCACGACGCGGAACAUUGCCAACCUCCUCAACGAGAUCAGUGCCUGCUCGGUGUCGGAGUUCAAGGACGUCGGUCUCGAGUAUAUCUGCUUGCAGCUGGAGUGUAUGCUGGAAAACCACCUCCUCGACGGCCUCGAUGAUGACCUCGUGGUGGAGCUGGAUGAGGUCGUCCGUGGCAACCAACUGGCUCGCCUGCCGUUCGCCAAAAGCGGCCGAGCCGACGCCCUGCUUCAUGACAAGUAUCCGGAUCUAGCAAUUGAUAUCGACGAGGAGCGGCGCCGCCGUGUGAAAGAGAUGGCCUUCAAACUCUCUCAGAGAGAGGAUGAUAGGAAGCUGUCGUCGUCCUGGAAAGCCCGCGUCGGAAGCUUGGAUGAGUCAAUGAUCGGAACGCCAACACCAGAUAGGGCUCGCCCAAGAUCUCGGGCAAGUCGCAACGAGCCUUUCAGCCCCAGUCUGCGACCCAAGGAGUCCCAGGGAGAUAUGAUCUUCGAUAUGGAAGAUGACGACACCGCGAAACCGACCAGUCCAGCUUCCCUGGCAUCCGUUCGCGCCGAAGAGAAUCAAGGCCCGGAUGUGGGCAGCAUGCCGCAGCUUCCCGAUGGUUGGCCAGGUGCUCGUGGACUGCCUGCUGGCGACUCUGGCAAGCCCACGCCAUCCAGCCUAUCUCCCGCUCAGGCCGCAAACGCCGCCGAAAUGAAAGUCAGCGAUGUGCCCCCUUUGCAGCUCGAUGCGCCUUUCAGGAAAGUUGGCGGCCCUUGGGCAGCUCCGGCUCUACCCGCUUCGAAGCUAGACCUAAAGGACGUGUUAUCUCAGGAUUCAAGCAAGUCUGCUCUCACUGCUGGAUUGGCUGCGCAGGCAGGUAAGAGUGCCGCUCCGGCCAGGACGCAAGCCAAGAUGUCGCAAAAAGAGCGGAAGAAACAACUGCAGUUACAGGCUGAGGCUGAGGCUGCAGCUCAAGACGAGAAGAAGACGAAGCAAGCCCCAUGGGAGAAAGCCACGUCGGACACUCGCCCUCCUCCAUGGAAGGCGGCAGCUCCCAUCCCCAAGGCAUCUUUGAAAGAGGCGAUGUCAAUGGAUGCCACACGCACCGCACCAACGAAGACCAAGCCCUUGGUCGCAUCCGAGGCUGAGCCCAGUCGAAGAAGGACAGCUUCGCCAGAUACUAGGUUUCCAGGGCAGGGUCGUACCAACAGCUCACCCGCAGCAACACCAGCCCCGUCGAGCCAGCCGCAGAAAAAGCCAUUGGUCCCGCACUCCAAGUCUUACAUCACCCCAGCGCCAAGAGCAGAGCUCGCUCCAGGUGCAAGUAUGGCAGACAUCAUAGGACAGCAAAGGCGGGAGCAGGAGCUGGUCAAGGAGGCCGUCGCGAAGAGAUCGCUCCAGGAAAUCCAACAAGAACAAGCGUUCCAGGAGUGGUGGGAUCAAGAGAGCCGUCGUGCGCAGGAGGAAGAGCAGCGCAGACAAACCAAGGGCAGUGAGAAAGGCGCAGCUGCAAACAGACGAGGCCGCAAGGGGGCCAGGGGCGGCAAAGGCAAGGCGCCAGACUCACCAGCCGGAGGCGAGCAGGCAGCUGGGAGAGGGUCUAGUGGCAAGAGCCUGAAGGGGAAAGGAAACAAGGUCUGA